UUCCAUUUCUGAACUGAAGGGACGCCGCCGCUCUCGCGUAGAGUCCUCGCCUUUUUUAUAUACACGUUUAAGUAAAUAAACUAGGUUCUCUGUCGUAAGUUAGGACAAGUUCUCGAAGAUAGCGUGAAACAGCAGUCCCUGUACAUCGUGACAUGCUGUUUGAGUAGUGGCUAGAACCGAAGCUAGCAUUUUAUUCCCCAUUUUAACUUUACUAAGCGGCGUUUUUCCGCCGUUUUUUUCUUUCCGCCUCCCCGCUCACUCUACCCCCUUGUGUGUGAGUAGGGGCCUGCAACGUCGGUUUGGCCACGAGGCGCGUCGGUACAGUUGGAACAGGGCGAUGGCGGAGUUCGGUAACGGACUGGCGGAGGAAUCCCUACUAGAUUCAGACCCCGGACAUCCCGAGCUGGAAGACCCGGGUGUCGGUGACGAAGAACCGGGCUUAGAAGAGGGAGAGGCCGCAAUUGAAGACCCGGAGCUGGAGGCAAUCAAAGCGCGGGUGAGAGAGAUGGAGGAAGAGGCAGAGAAGCUGAAGGAGCUACAGAACGAGGUGGAAAAACAGAUGAAUCUCAGCCCCCCACCAGUUGGCCCCGUCAUCAUGUCCAUCGAGGAAAAGAUGGAAGCAGAUGGCAGGUCUAUUUAUGUCGGAAAUGUGGACUACGGUGCCACGGCAGAAGAGCUUGAGGCUCACUUUCAUGGCUGCGGUUCAGUAAACAGAGUCACCAUCCUCUGUGACAAAUACACAGGGCAUCCAAAGGGGUUUGCCUAUAUUGAGUUUGCAGACAAGGAGUCUGUCAGGACAGCCAUGGCUUUGGAUGAGUCUCUUUUCAGAGGAAGGCAGAUAAAGGUGGGCGCCAAGAGAACAAACAGACCAGGCAUCAGCACCACAGACCGCGGCUUUCCACGAGCUCGGUUCCGAUCACGGGGAGGAAGCUUCACAUCACGUGCACGCUACUACAGUGGCUACACACCACCCAGAGGCAGAGGACGGGCCUUCAGGUUUCAGGACCAGUGGAGGCUGACAACCCCUCCCCAGGUGGCGCCGGCCCCCCCCACUGUCUCCGCAGCAUCUCUCUCUCUCUCUGCUCCCGCUAUGCACACUCACCCCAUCCUGUCGGUGUGGGGGGGCGGGGGAGGGGGGCAGGGCGACCACAGGCCCACCGCUGGGGGCAUUUACUACAACAGCAAACGCUGAUGAUGCUUUUAAUCCUUUUCACACGUCAGAUCUCUCACACACACAGACAUGCAUAUACGACACACACACACAUUGUCGACACACACCUGUUCAACACACACACACACACACUGCAGUACAGAUGGCACUAAACAGGCAGCCAACCCAACACAUGAUUUAUAUACAGAGAGCUGAAGCCAACAUAGCUGAGUGGCAGGCAGGCAAGUUUGCGUGAGAGUGAGGAAGGCAGGACCAGAGAUGAGGGUGUUUUUUGGGGUGUACAGUGCGGACCUUAAGGUGCCCCCUUUCUCUGACGACGCGCAGUGCAGUCACGGCUUGUCUGAGGAAGGCUGAUGAGCUAACAGCAUUGAUUAUUAAUUAAAAUAAAAAAAGGAGUGGGUCGGAGCUGUUAUUUUAGGGCGGGGAAAGUCAGGGGUGGGAUUUGUGUGGAGACCUUUUUUUUCUUUCUUCUUUUUGAAAAGGGGGAGUGGGUUUGAACAAAUGUUUUGCUUUUUUUAUUUUUAUUUUUAACCCAUGAGUCUGUAAUUAGGAAAAAAAAAUAAAGACAUUGUGUAAAAAUGAAA